GCGCUGUGAAUAGCGCUUUGUACGCUAGUAACGCAGCUACUAACGUAGUUACUGAGCUCUUGUGUUUAAACCGAGGCCUGUGAGAGGACUGUAACUAUCAGUCUGAACCUACAGCCAGCAAAAACCUGCUCACAGGCUGCUGUAAACCCAGACAUGAGCAGUGCCCGGACCUACAGAGCCAGCGUGCGGGUGGGGAACUGGAUGGAGGACGUUACUCUGGAGAAGGACAGCCUUAAGGACUUCCUUUACAGGAGAGACAGAGGAGAGCUCACAGUGCAGAAGACCGACCUGCUGAAACAAACCCUCCUAAAACCAGUGAGUCUGUCUGUGUCUCGAGAUGGAUUUCUGCGAUUUGGAGACACCGUCAUGCUGGUAAACUCUGGAGGAACAGACCAUGACCCAUGUGAUCCCUGCAGUCUCAGUAUCGUCGCUGAUCUCAGCAAUAUGAAGUCACAUCCACAAACAAGCUCUAACACCGGCCUAUAUGGUCCGUUUCAAGUGGGUGGAGCCAGCGGUUUAACCCCAUGUGUGAGAAAUGCCCUCAUCAUUACCAGUGUGGAUGGAACAGCAGAAGGGGAGGUGCUUAGGUACGAGCAGAGCUUUGCCCUGAGAACGACUGCAGCUUUCUCUGGAGAGCUUUACAUGGCCAGUGACCAUAGAACAUUCCAGAAGUGCGCCAAGAGUUCCCGACUACAGGAAGUGAGCUUAGUGGAGCAGGCCGACUUCCUUUGCUGGUGGAGAGUGGUUUACUUUGAUCCACAGGAACGCCUGGAGCAUGAAGGCUACCCUGUACAGGGAAACACCAAGGUUCUGAUCACUCACUGUAAAACCAACCAGUGUCUGGCUGCCUUGGCCAAUCAUGAAGUCUGGACUCCAUUUGGUAAAGAGUAUGAGCUCGUAGCUCACACCUUCCUGGACUCCCAUAAGGCAGAACAGAACAGUAACCAUUGGCUAUUUGUCACUGCUGAUCCAGGUCAAGAAGAGCAGAGUCUUGUGCAACGACAUCAAGCAUCUAACGUCACUAACGAGAAUGGAUCAGAUAUAGAGGCAAUAACAGACACACCACAAGAGGAACAAAGCUAAAGCAAAUGCUACAGACAUUUCUGCUUCUACAGUCAUUAAUAAAACGUGUCAACAUUCA